GCAGGGGCCGCUGUGAGGAGCCGCUCGCGCCGCCUUCCACUCCGUGCUCCCAGCUCUGCCCCUGCGCGGUGAGUGCCGGCUGCCGGGCUGUGGGCUCUGGCGCGGCUUUCCGGACGUGGAGGACUGCAAGGGAGAGAGCGCGAGCUGCAGGAUCAUAAACUCAUUCCUGCUUUGUUUUACUGACGAAUCCAUUUAAAAAGCCAGUAAAUCUUGUAGAAAAUGGCCUUCAGCGAUCUUACGGCGAGGACUGUCCGUUUUUAUGAUAAUUGGAUCAAAGAUGCUGAUCCAAGAGUUGAAGAUUGGUUCCUCAUGUCCUCGCCUCUGCCACAAACCAUCAUCCUGGCACUCUAUAUCUAUUUUGUCACAUCUCUUGGACCAAAGCUCAUGGAGAAUCGAAAGCCUUUUGAACUCAAGAAAGUGAUGAUAACAUACAAUUUUUUCAUAGUACUCUUUUCUCUGUAUAUGUGUUAUGAGUUUGUGAUGUCUGGCUGGGGUACAGGUUAUUCAUUUCAAUGUGACAUUAUUGACUAUUCUCAGUCACCAAGAGCUAUGAGGAUGGUACACGCCUGCUGGCUUUAUUACUUCUCAAAAUUUAUUGAGCUGUUAGACACUAUCUUUUUUGUUCUGCGUAAGAAAAAUAGCCAAGUGACUUUCCUUCAUGUCUUCCAUCACACAAUCAUGCCAUGGACCUGGUGGUUUGGAGUCAAAUUUGCAGCAGGUGGUUUGGGAACAUUCCAUGCCUUUGUAAAUACAGGCGUGCACGUGGUCAUGUAUUCCUACUAUGGACUGUGUGCACUGGGACCAGCCUACCAGAAGUAUUUAUGGUGGAAAAAACAUUUGACGUCUUUACAGCUUGUCCAGUUUGUCAUUGUCACCAUCCACACAAGCCAGAUCAUUUUCAUGGAGGAUUGCAAGUACCAGUAUCCAAUCUUCCUAUACAUUAUUCUGAGUUAUGGAUUCAUCUUUCUGCUACUCUUUCUCCAUUUCUGGUACCGAGCUUACACCAAGGGUCAGAGACUGCCCAAAACCGUAAAUUAUAAAGCUAAGCAUCACUAAAGUACAAGCACAACGUGAAUUUACAAAUGAAACUGUUAUCUUCCUUGACAAUCAAGAGAUAUUUACCUAUGCAGUGCAUUUUGUAUAUUUUUCAAAUCCAAGAGCUUGUAUUUUUAUGAUAAGUUAUUGGGGUUUCUGAUCUUUGAAAGUCCAAAGCCCCCAGAUAAGUCUUCUGAAUCUAAGAGCCUGGAGCAGCCAUUGGCUUUCUAGUUCUUUCAAACUAAUCAGAGGAUUUAACACAUUUUGCUACAAUGAAAGAAAGCUACGAAAUAAUAUGGUACUCCUCAAGGAAGUCCAGUAUAGAUGAAAAAUACUAGGUAUUUUGAGCAUGGAUGGAGAUCCAUGGAGUACAAUAGAUUCCUUCUGAGUGGCCUGGAAACCUCUAACUCUGGACUCUGGCUCUGUCACUCAUUUAUUGUGUUCAGAAGACAUCAUAUUUACUCUAGAGUUCACUCCCCAUUCUAAAGUGCUAUCAUUGGUGAACAUUAAGUGGAUUUUUGAUGAGUUCUCAUUCUAAAUUGUUAAUGAUAGUAUUAAUAGAACUUUUGAGUAGCUGCCAUCCAUUCUGUUGAUUACAAGAUGUAUAAACUGGUCGAAGUCAAUGGUGCUUUUGGUUACCACACUGUUGCCCUUAACACUAAGGUAAAGGUGAUGUUACUCUACAAACAAGAUGACUUUUUCAGUAGGUUAAUGAACACCCAAUGAACACAUUGUUAAUUACUGUUUUAUAAUUAACUUUGUGUUUAUCUGGAAAGUAAAAUGUUAAAAACAGUACUGUGCCGGUCAGUGGGAAAACUGUUGGCUGUUGUGAUAUGAUGUCACUUUCUGAUGGUGUCAUGGCUUAAAGGAUUAUCUUGCUUAAGAAUGUAUUGGUUAAACACUUAAAUAUUCAUGUGAUUAGUGGACUUCAGGUACCUUUGAAUCAUAAAUCUAUUUUUGGAUAUCUACUCUGCAAAGUGGCUUAUGAAGUAAUUGGAGGUGGGUUUUAGAAACAAGGGCCUUCCCACUCUGAGAGACAAAGAGAUUACACUAUAUAUGUCAUAUAUAUUUGAUGUUGUAGAUACACUACAUGAAAACGUAUUCUCCAGAAUCAUGAAUUAACUAGGAUUUCUUUUUGGUCAGACCUAUAUACCAUAAAAUGAAGGGCUGACAGUCAUGUGGCAUAAGGUUGGAUUUUUUUCAGUGCUACUUUCUGGAAUUUUCUUGUCCUCAUGUUUUCUCACUGGAGAACCAGAACUACUUGGCAAUAUUUGGACAUUUGUGAAGCUGUCCAUAUUAUUUCUUUUUCCUCUUUUAAAGGACUAUUCAUGUGUGAUGAACUUCAGAAUUGGUACUGAUGGCUUCAGUUAUUGUACAAUACACAGUGAAACUCAUACAUCAAAGCCCAAGUUUUCAUUGACUACAGACUCUGGUUUGACAGCUCUCUCCUAACCCAUUGCUCUGCAUCAUGGCUUUGUCUUCACAUUUACCUAAUUUAUAAGGUUAUUUGCUACUAAAUGACCUUUAGUAGUCUUACUUGUUUACAAUAUGAGAAGCUGAGGAUUGAUAAAUAGAAGGAAUUUCCUAUUAAAAAAGUAAACAAUGGGCAGACAGGGCUGAAGGAAACAGCUGCUCUAGUCUAUGCCACUGUGAAGGUCUCAGAAAUCCUUGCUUUCCUGUUUUGACUCUGUAUGUCCAGCUUGUGUUAAGAUGAAAUGGUAUGGUAGAUGCUGUUACAUACACAAGCAAUUCUCAAAGACCCAAGUAGGGCAGAGACCAAAAGGCAGAAAAAUAUAAGCUAAAACAGGAAAGUUUGGUUUAUUGUAUCAUACACCCUCUCCUAACUUCCCCCAAGUCUUCAAAAUGUUUGACAUGCUUGUGAACUAGCAGCAACGUGUGAAACACCACAUUCUCGAUUACAUGAAUAAAAGUGGGGUGCUCACAGAUGGCAGAUAUAUCCCCAUGGAAACCUCAGUAGAUCAAAAUGCAUGUCACUUGAGGUCAAAUAGUUUCUAUUGGGGUUUUAUUCCUACUUUUCAGUAUUUUCUUGCCUUUGAAUGUGCUUGCCUAAUAAGCAAAAAAACUAGCUACUAAAUAUAGUUUAUUACAUAAUGUUCUAUGAGUCCUUGAGGACCUAUAUGUUUAUCAAAAAUACAAAUACAAAUUUGUAAGUAUCUAUGGGCUAUUGCCAUUUUUGUUUUCAUUCUUAAAGAAGGUUCUAAAUUGAUUGUACUACAUUGUUUUAUAACUAAGAUAAUUAUGAGUUUGUGUUCCUCAGUUAUCUUUUUUUGUGAUCUCUUCAUGUUUUUUUUUAAAUUUUUACAAAAUCUUUAUUGAGAAUUUCAUACAUGUAUAUAAGAUGUUUUGAUCAAAUCCAU